AUGCAACCACGUUAUUACAAGUUAUUGGGAUUUGAUCGUGAGCGGACGGCAUUUGCAGGGAAAUAUGGCUUACUUCUUUUUCGUGAUCAGUAUGACUAUCGGCUGCAGGUCCAACCACUAGGCAUUCCAGCCCUCUUUAUCCCUGGAAAUGCUGGGAGUGCCAAACAGAUGCGAUCUAUCGCAAAAGAAGCAUCAAAGUAUUAUUAUGAGAAAUUGGCAGAAGAGCAGCGUAGUGACGGCAAGAUACUAUCGCGUCCAAUAGACUUCUUUACGUUGGACUUUAAUGAAGAGUUUUCAGCAUUGCAUGGACAUUCAUUACUGGAGCAGGCUCAGUUUUUGAACGAUGCUAUCGCCUAUAUCCUUUCGCUUUACGAUGACGAUCGCCAUCAAGAUCCCAAUCUGCCGAAACCAACAUCUGUACUUCUUGUCGGACAUAGUAUGGGGGGUGUUGUCGCACGGACCCUCUUUACUAUGAGUAACUAUCGACCAGGCACCGUUCAUGCUGUCUUGACAGCUGCUACACCGCACCUCCUACCGCCUGUGACAUUGGACUUUGAGAUAAGCGAUAUUUAUGAUCGCAUUGAGUCAUUCUGGAGUCGUGGAUUUCAAGGACCCGAUGCACCGCUUAAGAAUGUAUCAUUAGUGUCAAUUGCAGGUGGCAAUCUGGACAUUAUCGUCAAUGGCGAAUCUGGAAAUAUUCACAAUAUUGUACCCCAAUCACAUGGAUUUACGGUCUUUACGUCAUCGAUCCCACAUGCAUGGGUGGGUUCAGACCACGUCUCAAUUCUCUGGUGCAAUCAAAUUGCGAUUGUUUUGGGGAAAACUUUGAUUGAUGUUGUGGAUGCUAGUUAUCCAGAGCAGGUUAAACCCCUCGAAGAGCGCAUGAGAAUCUUCAGGAACAGGCUUUUGACAGGAUUAGAAGAUCAUUUGGAUAACCCUAAGAGACCAAAAGAAACAAAGACAUUUGUGCUUUCUGAAGUCGCCCAUACUAUUGUUACAGCUGGUAGUGUCUUGCAAUAUCCUCCUAGGGUUAGCGGCAAAUAUGAUGUCGAGUUGGAUGCCCUUCAUUUGCAUAUCAUGCCAGUCCCAUGGGAUAGUGAUGUUGACACCUUUAACCUUUUGACAGAUCAUCAAUUUGGACCUGACAGUCGAUUGGAUUUGCUUCUUUGCACUGAUGAGUAUUCCGAAGUUAGAGCCGCAGCAUCAACCGAUGCAGCUCGCCUUACAUGUCGGUACGACACUUUAUCUGCCAUUCCAAUCCCUGCUUCACUUGCUUCUCCUGCACAUCCAUCUACAUCGCCUCCAUUAGGGAAAUAUGGUCGUGGCCAGGAGUUCCGCUUUGUAUCUCAAAAAGUCCAGGAACUAGAUGGAGUGCAAUACCUGGUAAUCCUAGACAAGGGUCGUAAGUUUCCAGUACCAGGGUUUUUGAUUGCAGAGUUUUUUAAUAGUUACCUGAUCUUGCCAACAAUCCACAAACCCACCGUUUUAGAACUCUUGAAUGAUGGAUUAAGGAUUCAUGCUUUUCCCGUGAGACCAUCAUUGGUAUCAACACUUCGGCUGCCUAACAUUGACAAUAGUCUACUAACUUAUACUCUUACGGUUAGCCGUCAAGGUUGCUAUGCUCCACAGCAUUUCUCUCCAAUGUUGCGGCAGUCCGGCUGGACCAUGUACGAGGAUCGAUAUUCAGUAGAUGUGACUUCUAAACAGGAUGGGAUAGAUGUUAAUUUUCACGGUGAUCUCCCGUAUUACGAGCGAGUUCAAUUGCCAGGAAAGAAAGGCAUAGAGUUUCGUUUUUGGAUGGAUCCAUCAUGUCCAGUACCAUUAUCACUCAAUUUGCAGGUUGACAAGUAUGGAAGCCUCGGCAAAGUCGUGAUUCGCUAUAGAAUGGUGGUGCUCGUUUUUACCUUCUUAGUGGUCAUUUUGACUUUGCGGGCCCAAUUCAAAGCUUUUAAUGAUGGUCAUCCAUUCAUUCCGUUCGGGAUUAUGUUGACUCAACUAAUCACAACGACAUUCUUGAAGUUUACAUUGUUCUUGGCAGCCAUUGCUCUCCUCCAAUCAUUCCAGGCAAAGACAACUGAAUCAUGGUUCUCGAGCUUUCGUUUUAGAGACGCAUUGCUGGGAGCGAACGAUACGUUUUUCUGGUUCUUGGCACCUUUAUUUUUCCAAAUUGCAAUUGGGAUUGUGAUUGUCAUUUGGAUUGCACUGAAUGGCCUUGUUCGAUCAAUAGCAGCUAGUCUUAUGUUUGUAUCUAGGCGAUAUAACGUAAGCAAGGCCAUCGGCAACAUGCUCAUGAAGAGAUCUCGCGCUAUACGGCGUCGAGUAAUCACGACAAUCAUCCUAUUUAUUAUGGUGGCGACUUUUGUGCCUUACCAAUUUGCAUUUGUGGUUGCGGUCCUCGUUCACAUUGUCUCCUGCGUCCGAUCAUUAAUCUAUGCACUGAAAGCGACAUCAUCGCAGACGCAGGCAGCAUGGGAUCGCUAUCAUUAUGUGAUGUCAAUAUUUGUCAUGUUUUUUCUGCUAUUGCCAUGCACGUUGCCGGUGCUUAUGGUUUGGAUCAGGAACUUGUCAGUCCAAUGGUAUGAACCAUUCUCGUCUGAUCACCGGCUAGAUUACAUUGCACCAUUUAUCUUUUUUGUGGAGGCUGUCACUGACGGUGCCAUGGUACCACGGACACCUGAGAAAGGGUAA